CUGUUGUGUGUGCGUGGGGGUUGUCGGCAGGCUGUCAGAUGAGGACGUAGGUUUACAGUUUGAGUACAUUUCUUCUCAUUUUAUGGCAUGUAGAUAUCAGAAAGCACAGAGUGACAAUGCAGAUCCUCACCCCGCAUGUUUACUGGGCUCAGCGGCACUCAGAGAUCUUCCUCCGGGUGGACCUGAGCGAUGCAAAGGAUCUCGACAUCAGUGUACAAGAAAACAACACACUUCAGUUCAAAGCACAGGGCCAUGGAGCUAAAGGAGAUAAUGAAUACAAGUUCAGUCUGGAGUUUCGGGAACCUGUUAGAACUGAGAUCAACCAUAAGUCCACCCAGCGUCAGGUGGACAUCAAGAUCAGGAAGCAGGAGGAGCGCUGGUGGGACCGGCUGACUCUGCAGGAGAAGAAGCCUCUGUUUCUGGCUCCAGACUUCGACCGCUGGCUGGACGAGUCGGACGCCGAGAUGGAGCUUCAGGCUAAGGAGGAAGAGAAAAUAAACAAGAUAAGUGUGGAGUCGAGAGUUCGUAAAGACCCGUACCUUGGGCUGAAGAGGGGCUACUUGUUUAUGUACAACCUGGUGCAGUUCCUGGGAUUCUCCUGGAUCUUUGUCAACAUGACCGUUCGACUCUUCAUUCUUGGUCAAGACUCGUUCUAUGAUACCUUCCACACCACGGCCGACAUGAUGUAUUUCUGUCAGAUGAUGGCCGUGCUCGAGGUCAUCAACCCCUUGCUGGGUCUGGUUAAGACUGGAUUCUUUCCUGCUAUGAUACAGGUGGCAGGGAGGAACGUUAUUCUGUUUGUGAUCUUCGGCAGUCUGGAGGAGAUGCAGAACAAACCUGUGGUGUUCUUCGUCUUCUACCUGUGGAGCACCAUCGAGAUCUUCAGGUACCCGUUCUACAUGCUGGCCUGCAUCAGCACAGAGUGGAAGCUGUUGACGUGGUUGAGGUACAGCCUCUGGAUCCCUCUGUACCCGCUGGGGGUCUUGGCUGAAGCGGUGGCCGUGAUCCAGUCCCUGGCCAUCUUUGAUGAGACGCGUCUGUUCAGCGUCCCCCUCCCCGCGCUGCUCGGAGGCUCCCUGAGCUUCUCCUACACUCUGCAGAUCUACCUGGUCCUCAUGUUCCUAGGACUCUUCAUCAAUUUCCGGCACCUGUACAAGCAGAGGAGGAGACGAUUCCGCUCGAGGAAAAGGAAAGUCCAAUAACUCAUCAGCCUAUUUUUAAAACACCCUGAACUGCCGUCCUGUUAAAGAUUAAGCAAAAGGUUUAUUUUCCUCAAUUGCCUUUCUCAUUUUCUACACACAUACACUGACCUGAAGGAGGACUUUUCCCCUUAAUCCUCCAAUGGGUGAACUUUCCCCAGACCACAUCCUGUUUAUCCUUUAACAGCUGCACAACACACAUCACCUGAAAAAACUGUACAUCCAGUGCUUUACUACUAGUGUGUUUAUUCUCUUAAAAAAUGUCAUAUUUAUCAAGAUGUUUGUCCACGUCUGCAGUGGGACAUGGAGUCCUAUGUUCCACAGUUAGAGUGGUUAAAGAAAACUCUUUCUGGGAAGGCUCAGGCAGAUUUGCCCUUUUUGUUUUAUUUAUUGCUUUAGGAUUAUUUAUUAAUUGAUGGUCUUUGUUGGAUCAAAACUCAUAAUGUUUUUAGAUAUCUUUUAACCCAUUGAAGAAAAAUCACUGAUCCAUCAUCGGUGAUUUAAGGUAGAUAAGCUCUUGAGAAAUGGUCAGAUGUGUUUUCCAAACACUGAGCCUUGUUUGUCUCAGUCAGUCAUUCACGGCUUUGAAUAUUAUAAAAGCCAUGCAAAUUACUUUUAAGAGGAAUUUUGAUCUAUCUAUCUUUUCAUGAAACACACAAUCCUUCCUAUUGGCCUUUACACUAGUUGUAUUGGCAACCUAUACAACGAUUAAGCUUAUACUUUGUGACCUACAAGGAGGACAUGGGAUUGACAAAUUAUGAUUGAAGUAUUGUUUGUUGGCUUUUUAUGGUAAACGCUAAAAAAAACACGCUAAACAUACAAAUAGCAAAAUAGGAGAACGUUUAUUUGAGGAUAGGAAUGGAGGAUGAAGUUGAAGGGCUAAAUAAAAAGGUUAUCUUUUUAUAACUCGACAAAUGCUUUUGGUGCAUUAAUGAAAACUCAGCUGAGUACAUUAUGCCAGUUCUGAAUUGACAGCACCUCCAGAGUCCAGUUUUAUCUUCUUUAAAGCACCAUGUCACACACUGACUCUCUCCAGAUUUUCAAAUCACGCCUCAAAACAUAUCUCUUCACACUCGCAUAUCCACCCUGAUCAUUAUCCAUCACACAUCCUCUGUUUUUAUUUAUUUGGUUAUUUGAUUGAUUGAUUUAUAUACUGCAUUGUCUUGUUUAUGUUUCUUAUGCUGGUGUUAUCUAUUGUGUAUCUUGUUUUUUAUGUAUUUGUACGGCGACCUUGAGAGCCUUGAAAGGCGCCUAUAUAAAAUAAAUGAAUUAUUAUUAUGUCAACAUUUUAAAAAAAAUGGGCAACAUUGGACACCAGUGGUCAUUUGAAUAAAUCUAACAAUCUGCCAUGUGGACACUGACAUGAAUAGAAGGAACACAACAAGCACACACUGUUUUCUCUGUAAGUAUACACAGUUGAUGUGUGUAUGGUCAGUGUGCCAAUUAAUGCAAAUAUAUUUUUCUACCAUCAGAAGCUUACACUACAAUCAUAGAAAUGCAACUUUUUGUUGUUCUUGGUCAAGUGACAAUUCUCUUAAAUGUGUCUGUUAGGAGAAAAAAAUUAAACUCUUGGCCAGGUCACUCUUGGAAAAGAGAUUUUAAUCUCAAUGAGUCUUUUACCUGGUUAAAUAAAGGAUGAACUCCAGAUGCACCAAACAUCUUUUACAAUCCAAAUCUGCUCUUACCCAGGUGUGACGAAUGACAAAUCCCACUGGAUCUUAAAUUGGAGAAGUGUGGCAGAUGGUUUAUUAUUAGCACUGACGCUUCACACUAAAGAGGGGGCAGGUGUUCUUCUACUGUGAAACUGAGUGAAGAAGCUGAGCACAGGCAAUAUUGUUGAAGGAUAUGACAUCAUCAACAAUGAGCCGUCCACUUCCUGUUCCACCCAAUCUGUUUACCCUUUAGACUUUCCAUUUGUUUUGGAUUUAUUUGUGUUUAUUCAAGUUGUUGAUUUUAAUUUGUUUGUUUCAGUUUUUUUGUUUGUUUUUUCUAAUGGUGUUUGGGAAAGAUGUGUACUUGUCAUAAAGCUUGAUUUAGACAUUAUUUGCAUUUCAAAAGUCUUUAGGCAGGGACAUUCAGACUAACGCUGCAUUUUGAUCACAAAUAUGGUUUCCUGCCUAAAAUAAACAUCAGUUUUCUAAUUU